AUGGCUGUCCCAUGUCUCUCCACUGGUUGUAUUGAGGAGAUGGUGACUGUGUCUCUUGCCUCAGAUACCAGUCCUGUCAUCCUCCAGCUUCUUGAGUGUAGCAAGGAGCUCAAUGCAGAGGGUGACACAUUUGACCCACCUUACUUUAUCUUGACACUCUCAGAUGGUGCAUCCUUCAUUACAAAGGUGGUGCUGCACUCAUCUGUUGUGCCCAGGCUGUGCAAUGAGGAGAUCAAGGUGUAUGAUGUCAUCACUUUGAUGUCAUACGAGAGUUGCAUUUUGAUGCCCAUUGCUUUUCCUGGUUGGGCAAACAUCAUCUCUGACUGGCAAGCAUACUGCCAUUCUCUGGGCUAUGCAACUGCCCCUUAUGAAUUUCACUAUGUCUGGCCCCAGCUUCCACAGGCUGCACCUCCUCCCCUUAUGACCCAAAUCACAAUGAUGGGUGUUGGGGUUGUGCCCUCCGAAUAUGUUGCACUGAUGCUUCCAGUCCUUCCCCCACCUCCAGUGCCCAUUCCUACCCAGGUUGACCAUCUCCUCCCAAUCAAUGCAAGUCUGGAUCACACUGCCUUGCAUAUUAUGCAAGGCACCCUACCCAUGUUCAGGGAUCACAGUGCAGCCUGUGCCUCUGCCAAUCAUACCCCCUGUGUUGGGAACAACUCCUUUCAUUGUGCCCAUUCAAAUGGUGCAAACAUACCAAGCUGGGAUAAGGGAACAAUUGACAUUCUCUGCCAUGAUUUGACAGGCAAGAUUGACCUUGUUGUGCACCAUCCUGUCCAUGCCAAGUUUGCCAGUGUUGAGGUGGGUAAGGUAUAUACAAUUUUCAAUCUCGAUGCUAUUGUGGCAGUUCAAGAAUACUGCUGUUCAUUCCACACAUCCCAGCUUGACUUCCACCACCAGCAGAGUGACAUUGCUGAGGUCCCUGAUGAUGGGACAAUCCCAGAACUUCAUUUCAGCAUCUGCCAAAUCAUCCAAAUUCCUGAAUUACCAGAUAAGAAGUGUAUUGGAUUGCACAGCAUUUUUGACUGUGAGAUGUGCGAUCAGAACUAUAUGGCCCCUGUUGCAAA